UACCAUGACCCCAUUCAAGACGAAAUUGUGUUGGGAAACAUAUCAAUAAGUAAGAAGGUUGCUGUAAUUUUACCAACAGUUCGGAAAUUUGUCAUCCUAACAUCAGUAAACCCUGAUCUUUUACUGUUAUCAACAAAGAGAACUUAACUGUGUCGAAGAAUGGGAGUAUUCACAUCUAACCAACUGGUUACAGUUGCUUCCAUCAUCGUUUUAACAUUAUUCUUCGACAAAGGACACUGCGAUUCAAUUUGUCCCAAUGGCAUAACGAACAUCACAGCAUCCAGUGGUGAGCUUGAAUAUCCUGAGUCAGGUAGUUAUGGUAAGAAUGAGACCAAAUGUUGGCGCAUUACGGUUCCCGAAACUUAUUAUCGCAUUCGAUAUCGUUUUUCCAGGAUUGAUAUAGAAAGUUGCUCUGAUUGUAAGUGCGACUAUCUUCAAAGAGGAACUUCCUACAGCUAUUUGGACCAGCGGUUUAAAGCAUGUGGAAGAUAUAGUUACAAUUAUUUACAGGGAUAUAUCGUCAACGUCGACUGGACAACUGGCGGCAGUUUGGCUGGACCGACUGUCUAUCUUCGCUUCGUGUCGGAUGAUACUGUACACUACACAGGAUUUAAGUUGAACUUCAUAGCCAUGUCUAGGACAGAGGGUGACAUAAACUAUCUGAAUGCAAGCGAAGAUGAAACUAUUGAGUUUGGCACACCAAAAGUCGACAUUGAGAACUACCCCUCAAAUUACGCAGAACAGUGGAUUUUAAUCGUCCCUGAGGGACGGAAAGUCCAGAUAAACUUCGACAUAUUUGAACUGGAAGACAGCGAGGAUUGCAAAAACGACUACGUUGAGUUCCGUGAAGCAUCCAUCAUGGUUGGUGAUCCUAAAAGAAUAUAUGGCCAUUUUGGUCCAAUCCUGACAGGACGCCUGUGUGGAAAUGCAAAGCCAAACUCGAUACUGAGUCAAGGGAAUAUGGCUUGGGUUCAGUUCGUGAGUGAUAGAGACUCUACCACAGUGCACAAGGGAUUCAAAGCUUCUUUUAAAGCAGUACAGGGAAGCGGAUUGCCUGUAAGCCGUCCAAUGGUGCUUCUUUUUCUCUCAGCUUUGAUCGUGCAUGUGUCAAAGAACAACUUAUUGUAGUCCUGUCGAGUGUAUCCAGGAGAUGUCUUUUGUUCGCUGAAGUUUUAAAUUAUAUGCAUUUUGGUAAACUCUGAUUGUCGACUUAAAAUUUUCAAUAUCAAGGAUUUUGAGUGUGUAGUUUUGUCCCGUCUUUGUCCCAAUCUUUCUUUUAGAUCGUUUUUAUCUCUCAUCGGAUCGAAUUUAUCUGUGCGUUAUGUUUUUUUUUUCAUCUGCAUAAAUUUAGUACAAUAAAAACAAAAUUUAAACGGUUUGAAAGCCCUUAGACUUAAGAAAGCUUGAACAACAUUAUGUGCAUCUUUGAAAUAAUUUAGUAGAUAAGUAUUAUUGUCCAAGCGUGAGGAGAAGA